UUCAAUUUAUAAUUUAUGUUAUUUCGUGCUGUUAAUGUUACAGAUAGAAUUCAAUAGUGCCAUUAACGUUCGCUACCUAGGUUUCUUUUAAAGUGUAUUGAGUGAAUUUGACUUAUAUUCGGAAUUUGAUAGAUAAGAUUUCAUAAUACUUUAUCAGUAUAAAUUCAGUUAGUGUUGGUUGUCUUUCGAACUUUCGAUAUCGGCAAGUUAAACUAGGCCUAGUUGACAAAUUUGCAUAACCAGGAAACGGGCUAGCCUACAAUUCGUUCAGAUACAGUGGCAAAGUCCUUCGAAGAUACAAAUUAUAGGACUGCACAUCCAAGAUGCAGAACAGUGGUGUUGAAAAUGGCUCUGAAUGCUCAAUGAGCUACGGAGAUUUGGUACAACAAUCUGCUACCAUUCUCAAAAAUGAGAUUGCACUUUUGGAAGAUAGAAUUGCACAGAAUAGAAAUGAAAUUGAAGAGUUGAAGAAAAUAUGUCGCAGGCAAGCUGACAACAUAAAAAAACAGCAAUCAACACUAGAACAUGUCAAAAUAAAUAGCCACAGUGAAGCAAUACAAAACAAGACUCACAUGUCUAAGAUUCACAACUUAAGAGAGAAACUUCAAGAUUUGGAUAACAAUUUUGAAAAAUGGGGAAAAACCAUAAAUCCAAUGCUUGGUUACAAAAAUGAACUUGAAGACAUGGUGAAACAAUUGAAAUUAAAAUUACAGAUGAAGGAAGAUUCCAGUGAAAGUUUGGAGAAAGAAAACAAUUACUAUGUAGAAGCGGCGAACAAAGCUCUAUUGGAACUUCAAGAACGUAAAGAACAAGAAAAAACUGAGCUAUGUCAAUUGAAAACACAUUUAAGUAAACAGUUUGAGCAGAUUAAGCAACAGGAGAUGGAAUUGGUACAAGAACUAAGGGAGCUUCUGAGUGCAUGCCGAGAGGAGGAAAUCAAGAUUAACAUCGUAGAACCACAGAGAGUUGAGCUGAAGAAGACAUUCGAAACAUUGAAGAUGGAAUUGGCAGCAGAAACAGACCAGAUCAAUUCUGCAAGUACCCAAUUGGAAACUGAAUUGCAAGACGAAUUAAACAGGAAAAUCGAAAUGUCCACUGAAAUCAACACAUUAGACAAAAAUAUAACAGAGUUGGAGAAUACUUUGAUUGAAUUAGAAAAUGAUAUAAAAAGGUCGAAUGAUAAAAAUAGGCAGCUUAAUGCUGACGAAGAAGAAUAUUCUAAGACAAGUAUAAAGAAACAGCAGGAGCUUAAAGAACUUGAAACCGAUGUAGAGGAUUUGACUGCCAAGUACAGUGUGUGUAUGAAGAUUGAAACAGAAAACGUAACGCUGCGAGGAACUUGGGAUGAUUUAGAUAUUGAAAAUAACGCCCACGUUGAGAAAAUAACUGAAUUGUCGAGUAAUGAAGAAGAGUUGUAUAAAAAUAUUUUGGAAUUGAACCAAUUGAUUGCGGAUUUAGAAAAUGAGAAUGUGAGCUCACUCAAAAAUGUCUUAGUUCUCGAAGAGGACAUACAUAUCCUUGAGGAAGAAGAACGAGCUUAUUUGAAGGAACACGAGAAAUUAAGUUUGGAUAUCCAAGAAAUAUCAGCAAAACUUCAAGAAACAAACAACUUACUGAAAACGUCUUGCCAGGAUCUCAGUAUGCAAUUUGCAGAGGCAAGUAAAACUAAGACUGAUCAUCAAGAGACUCUGACGAACUUAGAAAUAGAGUUGGCUAAAGCUGAAGAUGUUUCCAAAGAGAGUGACCUUAAGCUUUUCAACUUCUACCAAGAACGUGAAAACAUCAACAAAGCCUGCGAUGAAGAAAUCAAGACCCUUAAUGAGGAUAUGGAUAAAAGUGUUGAGGAAUAUGAAAAGUUGGUGUUUGAUUUGGAGCUUAAUGAAAAAGUAAAGGAAGAUAUUCACCAACUUAACAAAGAUCUAGAAAACUAUAGAAUGGAUUAUGAUAAAACCGUCCAACAGCUACAAGAGACUUAUGCAAGGGAGAUUGAGAAUAAGAAGAAGUGGAUGGAAGAGUUAAGAGCCCAAUGUGAAAGAGAGUACAGAAACAAUGAGAUUAAAAAAACCGACGCAUUAGUGGAGCUGAAAGAGACCAAAGCUCGAAUUAUUGACCUUCAAAAACAGAAAGCUAUGGCUGAGAAAGAGAUAGUGGCAAAAGCAGAUUUGUUGAAAAAAUGUGACAACCUUAUACAAAGACUGAUGAUGAAAUUUAGCAAAGUAGCUCAAGUAGCUGUAACAUCGAGUCAGUCUGUAAUAGAUACUGCAAGCCAGGCACCAAGCUUUGCCACACCAAGAACUCAAAAGAAACCUGUACGAGUGGCCUCUCCAGGCAGUGAUUCUAGUGGCAAAACAUUUGAUCCUGAUGAUGUAAAUUUGAAGAUACGCUUACCUAAGCGUCCACUUUCCCAGGCAGGACCCAAACAUGCAAAAGCUGCAAAAGAACCUAAGAAGAAAAAUGCCCCUCCACCGCCCAAGAAAAUGGCAACUAAAGAAGCAGAUGAUUGGGGUUUUGAGAUUUAAAAAACUUUGGGUAAAAUUUUGUUAAAAUUUGGAUAAAAAUAAUGGGAAUUAGCAUCAAUAAAAUUGUCUCUCAAGCGUUUUCCCUCAAAGUGUUAUGUAACAUUUUGAGACAAUCUAACAUAGUGUAAAUAAGAUUAGUGGGCAGUUUAUAACUUUAUUUAAGAGAGGUAAUCAUCACAGUUGGAUUUAAAUGCCACUGUUGUAGUUUUUUUUUUAAUUCACUUUUGUACUUCAUAAAUUAAUUUAUUUUCAUAGAACAAAUUGUUAUUAAGAAAAGUUUUUUUAGUGGUUUAGAUUGGUUUAUUUUAUUUAUUGUUAGUAGGAUUUAAAAUGUCUUAACAAAUUAAACUAAGACCUAAUAUAAAAGUAGUAUUAGCAAUAUAAGAAUAAACUAGAACAUAGCCUACUGUAUUCAAAUUACAAUAUUUAGAAUAAGUCAUUUCGAAGUUCAUGGAGUGUUAGAACUUUGUUUUGUAGAUUUGUUUAAAAUUGUUU